CGUUCGAAUGUAGUAAACGUAGUAAGUGGAAUUUGUUCGAUUUUCAGUGUUCAAGGUAAUAUAAGAGUGACGUUUAAUACAAUGUCAGAACUAUUAUUUAUCAUUGCUUGAAAUUUACAAUAUUAACUUUGUGUGAGUGAGAGAAAAUGUCGAACGUAGAAGAACAAGAAAAAUUCGACAUCGACAAAGUGACUAUAGUGAACGACAAUGGAGAAUCUGUUGUGGUAUCACGAACAUUAUUGAUAGAAAAGGGAGGAUUACUCAAACACUUCAUAACUAUAUGUCCGAAUGAAGGAAAGUUUAUUCUCAGACUACCUCUGCCUUUGGAACUGCUCGAAGAAUUUACCAGAUUUCCGGAAGACGAAAAAUUUCCGAUUCCUUCUGUAAAUAAUCUCUUCCGAAUGUACUUAUUCUGCAAACAAUACUUUAUGAGUGAAUUGGAAAAAAGAUACUUUUAUUAUCUCAUCGUAUUGCUAUACUUCAACAACGUUUGUAGCAUUUACGAUUUGGCAUGCAGACACAACGAAACACAAUUACAAUAUCGCUGUUGGAAAUAUUUCAGUUUAUGUAAUAAAAGUAUAUUUCUUACAGAUGAUUUUCAAUCGUGUGAAGAAACUACAGUCUACAGGUUACUUACUUGCCCAGUGCAUAAACAAUUAAAGGAAGUCGAUUUGUUUUUUGCACUUCGCAGGUGGAUCGAAAAAAGAGUUCUGAAAAUGAAGGCAACGAAUGAUAACGUAUGGAAAAGAGACGUGAUAAAACCUUUUCUACCAUUGAUCAGGUUUUUUCUUAUAGAACCAGAAGUCUUAAAACAGAUUUUGAACAAUUGUCUUAAAGUUCAGAUUUUAACAGUAGAAGAAAUUCACUCCAUAACCGAAUACAUUGCACAUAAAAAUGUAGCAAACCUUCCAGUAAUAAUAUCUGCUAAUGUUAAACUGAGAAGUUUUUCAAAUUAUUUUUCGUUUAUGGGCAAAUACCCAGUGACAAAAGAAAUAUUAAAAAGUGAUAUACCCAUGAAAGAACAUUUUCAGUUUAUGACUGAUAUUUGGGUAUCCGAAAAGUGUUUCUUAGACGAUAUUCUAUUGCCAAUGGCCCUUAAUAAAUGUGUGAUAAAGGUUUUGGUGGGUAUGAAGUCGACAUAUUCUGAUGAUUUUGUAUACGAACAAUGCACUUGCGUUAGGAUGGGAAUUAUACAUUUAGAAAAAGGGAAAUUGUUGCCGAAAAACAGCUUUCAUAUUUUUUCGGUUAAGAUUCCAAAACGGGAAUUAGAUUCGACCACGAUUAAGGUUUUAAAAAAUGCACGCGUAUACGUCCCUAUCUACGAUUUCCGUGAUGCAAAUACGAGAAGUAGAGAUGAAAAAACGAAAUUUUCAUGUAUUCUUUCGCUCUGUUUUUAGAAAUUUGUUUCUUGUAAGAUAAAAAAAAAAUUAUAUACUUUUAACAGAAUGAAUAUUCGUUUAUACUUUAGAAAGGUUUUAUUUUAAAUAAUGCGUAUGAAUUUUACAGAAUAUCGAGAAUAAUUAGACAAGAUUACAUAUGUAACUACCAGUCGACCCCCCUAUAACACUGUUGAUUAUUUUGUUUUAUAUGAAAUCCAUGUUG